GUGACCUUUGAGCUUGUGGCUCGAGGCAGAUGGAGAAUCCAGAGGUGUGCUUGAGCUAAUCUGCUCAGCACAGCGUAACACUCAACCCUCAAGAGAUGGCGAUAGUCUCGCGUGUCCACGUCUUGUGCAAAAAAGUUCUCCUUCUGAGCAAGACCGUCCCGUGGGAACCGCUGGUCUUUAGCAGGAGUUUUGCUGAUGCCCAGGAGCAGGGCUGGUUUCGUUCCUUGUUUGUACACAAGGUGGAUCCCAGGACGGACGCCCACUCCAGCUUACUCUCCAAGAAGGAAACCAGUGGACUGUAUAAGAUUCAAUUUCAUAACGUCAAGCCGGAGUGUCUGGAUGCCUACAACAGCCUCUCGGCAGAGGUUCAACAGCGGCUGCACCGAGCAGAGGACUACCCUUGUGAGAUUCUGGGCAGCUGGAACACCUGGUAUGGAGAGCAGGAUCAGGCGGUGCACCUAUGGCGAUAUUCUGGAGGCUACCCUGCCUUAAUGGAGUGUCUGAACAAGCUCCGGAAGGAUAAGGAGUACCUGGAGUACCGCAAGGAGCGCAGCAAGAUGCUCCACUCCCGCAAGAAUCAGUUGCUCCUGGAGUUCAGCUUCUGGAAUGAGCCAUCACCCCGCCGUGGUCCCAACAUCUACGAGUUGCGCACAUACCACCUGAAGCCUGGCACUAUGAUUGAGUGGGGAAACAACUGGGCUCGGGCCAUCAAACACCGUCAGGAGAACAAUGAAGCUGUAGGGGGCUUCUUCACUCAGAUUGGGGACCUGUAUGUCGUUCAUCAUCUCUGGGCUUAUAAGGACUUGCAAUCCAGAGAGGAGACAAGAAAAGCUGCAUGGAGGAAGCCUGGCUGGGAUGAGAAUGUCUUCUACACAGUCCCAUUGGUGCAGAGCAUGGAGUGUCGCAUCAUGAUUCCUCUUGAGAAUUCGCUCCUGCAGUGAGGAGUGCUGCGGUUACCUGAAUUUGCUUCCAUCAGUUGUUUCUGCCUUACACUUGCACUCCAAAACUGCUACAAUGACCCACUGGACACAAGACCUGUGGAAGCAUCCCUCACUCUUCACGCAUUUCUCCCUGGAUGGCCUUUGUGAUCGGCAUGACUCUUAGGUAGUAAGCUGAGAGACUCAUUGGUAUGGUAGGACUAAAGCCUGGGAAUGAAGCACAUUCCAGGCAUCUCCACCAUCUUGGGCAGACCACCACUGCUUGACGUGGACUUUGUGGGAGCCACCAAAUAUCAGCAGGUCUUGGGAUACUGAAAACCAAACACAAUGUGCUGCUCCUGAGCUCAGGAAACAACUAAAGGACAAUGGAUUGGAUACGGACCGUGUGACGCCAUUCCUGUUGAUUUAACAAACGGAAGUAAAUCGGGAAGAUUCUUUCCAGAUUUGCUUUUACAAUAAAUAUUUUUUUUAUUCUGA